UCCCGGCAAGGGUACUCAAGGACACAGGUCAGCGAGGGUCAAUGAGACAAGCGCUGGGAAGCAGCAUCAGAAGUGUUUUGCACGCUACGCAAAUUCAACCAAUGAAUGCAGGAAGCGGACGUCUGUGACCAGCGCGGGGGUCCAUGGUCCCUCAGGCGCGCGGACGUCCGCAGGAGCUCGUGGUACAGGCAUCUGUCAAUGGAGCGGACGAUUUCCUCUGACAAGCAUCGAGGGCCCCUCUCAGAAGAUGAGUCUGGCAUCUUCAUGCCCCGAUGAAAAGCAUAUAAGGCCCUUCGAGUCGUUCAUCCGCUAUCUUCUUUCCUCAGGCUGGUCCUCGCAUUCAAACACUCUCUCACCCUACUGCUCAGGUCUCUGGUAGCCCUUGACACGACUCUCAAGCUCGCAAGCACCAUCAGCCACUCAACGCUCUCCUCAAACCGAUCCUCAAGCAUCUUUUUGCCCAGCACCAUGAAGUACUCGUACACGAUCGCCACCCUUGCCGUCGCCCUCUCGGCUGUCACCGUAUACGGCGCUCCCUUCGACAACGCCGCUCAUCCGCAAGAGAGAGGCAUUGCCGCGGAACCCCCGCACGCUCUUGUGCGCCGUCUGAGCUGGAGCGUCGAUGGGUCGAAGACCAACAACAACCAGUCUUCGAACAGUGAUGGAACAUUUGGCGGCGACAAUGUCAAUUCCAACCCCAAUGCCAGUUCCUCAGCAAUUCAGACAACUGAUCAGAGCAACAGUGGUAACAACUACGGUGGAGGAAACGGAUACGGUGGCAAGGGCGGCGAUGGCGCCCAUGGCGGAGGAAGCGAUUUCAACUGCAACGCUGGCAAGCGCGGCUUGGCCUGGCGUAGGGCCUUCGCUGAGCGUCGUGACCAGAACAGCCAUGGGAAUGGAGCAGGUGGAAAUAGCUACGACUCUGGAAACUGGCAGUCUCACGACUCGCACAAUAUCGACAAAUCUGUUGACAGUCACGACAAUAACCAGAAGGACUCGCACAACAAUUAUUCCAAGGUCUACAAUGGCGGCGGCGGUGGUGGUAACGUGAAGACGCAGAACGGUGGCUACGCCAGCAACACGUGCUUCAGUAUGAGGCGCGGCCUUGUCGGUGAGGAGAUGAAUGACCACGCCAACGGCCUUGCGGUCCUCCGCUCCCUUGGCGCCCUGACAGAACGCGACGUCGAGGACCCCCUCGAGGCCUUGGCUGCGCGCGAUGUUGGCUUCUCGGCGAGGAUGCUGGGUGUCGAGGGCCAUGACGAGUCCGAUGGCGCUCAGCGUCGUAGCUUCACCUUCGAGGACGGUCUCGCUCGCCGUGACGGCAAUGGGCUGGCGAUCCGGUGCGCCGAGGGCAGCGAGGGAUGCUCGGUUGCGAUGAGGAGGGAGGCGGAAGAGAUGCUCCGUGAGCAUGCUAUGGAUUUGGGCUUCCACUUUUGAGAUGGUGGGGUCUAGGGCGACGAGAGAAGAGCGCGCCGAUCUGUAGACGUUCGAUCCGAGCCUGUCCACAGUAGCGCUCUCUGCGAUGCGAAAUCUAUGCCCAUUACAAUCCCUCAUCUGCUUCGCCUUUUGCGUGUCCAGUGCCUCACUGCCUCCAAGCCUUUCCCGUGAUCUUCUCAUAGCAUUCCCUGUACUUCUCGCUUGUCUUCCUCGCUACGUCAUCCGGCAAUGUGAUC